GAGCUGAUCCGAUCCCACGUGUGACGAUUCCAUUCCCGGCUCAGUAAUAUUCUCAUAGUCGGGCUGUGCAUAGCGUUUGCCGUGUCUGUGUGUGUCUGUUACUGUAGUUACUGCCUAUAGUUUGGUUCGCUAUGGAAGGAGACGGGAGUCAAGUUACAUCUGGAAGCCCAAAUGAUUCACAACAUGACCCGGGUAAAAUGUUUAUUGGUGGCCUCAGCUGGCAAACCUCACCAGACAGCCUUAGAGACUAUUUUAGCAAAUUCGGAGAAAUAAGAGAAUGUAUGGUGAUGAGAGACCCUACGACAAAACGUUCCAGAGGAUUUGGAUUCGUUACGUUUGCAGAUGCUGCUAGUGUAGAUAAAGUCUUAGCUCAACCACACCACGAAUUAGACUCAAAGACGAUUGAUCCUAAGGUUGCCUUCCCCCGACGCGCUCAACCUAAGAUGGUCACAAGAACAAAGAAAAUAUUCGUGGGCGGAUUGUCAGCCAACACGGUGGUGGAAGAUGUGAAGCAGUAUUUUGAACAGUUUGGGAAGGUAGAAGACGCCAUGCUCAUGUUUGAUAAAACUACUAACAGACAUAGAGGAUUUGGCUUCAUAACUUUCGAGGGCGAAGACGUUGUAGAGAAAGUCUGUGAAAUUCAUUUUCAUGAAAUCAAUAAUAAAAUGGUAGAAUGUAAGAAGGCCCAGCCUAAGGAGGUGAUGUUCCCACCAGGCACGCGAGGGAGGGCCAGGGGCCUGCCCUACACCAUGGAUGCCUUCAUGCUGGGGAUGGGCAUGCUGAGUGAGUAUGGACCAACACUACUCCAGCACAGUCCAGCACACUACUCAGUCCCACACGGUUACCCUAACAUUGUGGCGACGUACGGCCGUGGAUACACUGGAUUCACCCCGAGUUAUAGCUAUCAGUUUCCUGGCUUCCCGGCGACGGCGUACGGACCAGUGGCGGCAGCAGCGGUGGCGGCAGCACGUGGCUCAGGCUUUCACGAUUACGGGUUUUACUCUGCGCCCAGUGACCAGAGGGGGGCGCCCUGCUCCUUUGCGGACUAUGGCUCCCUGGGGCCCCAGGCGGCUCAGAUGCUGCACAGUGAGCAUGCCACCUCCGCCUGCAACUCCCCCCUCCAGCACCUGCACAGCCCGGAUCAGUUUAAGAGCCCAGGGGGAAACCCAGCUCGUCCUGGAGGCUUUCCAGGUGCCAACAGCCCAGGGCCUGUAGCCGACCUGUACGGCCCUGGAGGCCAGGACUCCAAUGUGGCUAACUACAUCAGUGCUGCUAGCCCCCAGGCUGGCUCCGGCUUUGGCCACAGCAUCGCAGGCCCGUUGAUUGCGACAGCUUUUACAAAUGGAUACCAUUGAACAGGUGGCCGGUUGCCAUCUCAUUGGAGCAGAGUAUAUCUGGUGGUCCAGGGAAGACAGACCGAACCUUCUAAUUGGCUCUCUGUGCAGGUGAUGUCAUCCAACUUCAAGCACUACAGCAUCACCCAGGAGAAAUGAGAGGUGGAACCACAUAAAACAAAAUAUUUAAAAAAAAAAUCAUCUCAGAAAGAAAAGAAAAUAACUGCUGUACCAUAAUCCAAACCUGUAACCUGACAACCUGGUUUGAUAUGACGUUUCAUGAUGAUUUCAUUCACUUUUUUCCCUUCCUUUUAUUAGUUGUUUGAUUAGCUUUAGAGAGAGGCAUUUUAGUUUGAUCCUAAUUAUUUGUGUCAUUUUUGGAUUUUCUCUUGUAGUGUAUGUAAAUUGAUUUUGCUUCUCUCUUCGGGGGUCAUAGUUGAGAAUGUUCGCAAGUCAUGUGUUCACAUUUGGUACCAAUCGUUUAAUCCAAAAAGAUCAAAGCUUUAGGUGUCUUUUUGCACAUAAAAGAAAUCCAAAGUGGAAAGGCUUGGAAAAAAACAUCCAUUUCAUUUCAAAUGAUAAUUCGAGAGGGUAACUAACUAAUAAAUCUUAGUAGCUGUUUUUAAUUCUUGUGAUGUCUCAUUGUUAACCAUAAUUACCUAUUUUUGGGCAAUACAAAGAGGACUCCAAUAUUUUUAUGGUCCUUUUUUAUAAGUGUUGUUUUUGUUGUUUAGAAAAAAAUAUGUAUACUAUAAAACAUUUCAUAUAAAUACAUUGUGAAUUCAAGACUUAAGAAAAAGAAAUGUAACUGUAAAUACUAUUCCAGUCAUUGCAUAUAACCAACUUGAUGAGAGAAUAGCAUAUUUUUGUGAUGGUGUGUCAAAGAAAUGUUCUAGCGUGUGAAUAGAAAAAAAAGCUCUAAACAAAUACUAUUAUCCUUAACUGCUCAGAGACAGUGACUACCCCAGUGAUGGACACAACAUAUUUGAACACUGAUGGCUUGCUCUGUAAAUACUCAAGCUGAAUAACUUUACAAGUGUCAUACCAGUGCAUUUACAAAUGGUGAGUUCAGCGCACAGUUUUAAAGGGAUAAAAUAUAAUUGGUAUCUUUUGUCUAACCAACUGUUAUUUAAGAUAUCAAUAUUAUUUCAGAGUGAUCAUUUAAUCCAAAGCACACUGUACUUAGUGUUGAAGAAUAGAACUCGAGCCUAAGCAUUUUACAGUGCUCUGCGCAUCCUGACACUUUUAUACUCCUGAGAGAAAAACUCAACUUGUUGUUUGUUGUUGUUUGUUUCCUCCUGCUUGUUCCUCUUAAGUUUGGGACUCCCAUCAGUUCUCUUUUCAAUGAAUUAGGAAGGCAAACAUUUUGAUACCAUAUCUCAGCCCUGUGAGUUAUACCUUGGAAUCGUUGACAGGUUUAAUUUAUUUUAGUGGCAAAUAGAUUAAAACAUUGAAUGGGGAAAAAUAUAUUAAUGAUUGCACUGUGAGCAGUAAAGAACAGGCCAUUUCCUAUUUGCACAUGUAUAUGUUGGCUAUUUAAAAUGGUCCUGUCUUUGGGGUGAAGUAUGAAGGAUUAUUGGAUGUUGCUCCUCUCUAGAAUAGGCAUACACAAACAGCUUGGCAAAUAGCAAUUAACUGAUUAAUUACUACCAAUGUGUUGUGGUCAUGUCUUUGGAUUUCGUUGUAUUGUGUAAGCCAACUUCUAAUCUAAAAUAUUGAUGCUAUUUUAGAUCCAGCCAAUAGAAGACACUGAAUAAAUUAUUCAUCCAUAGCUGCUGCGCUAAUUUCUUACACAGUAUGUGUAGGGAUAGGUUUUGCUAAAUUAUAGAGACAUUUAAUGACAUGCAGUAAGAUUUGUAAACAUGAUGAUGGAAUGAGUGGUGUAUAUUCUGAGGAUGUACUUUACCUGCUGCAAAUGUAUUUGAUAUUUCAUUUCACCAGAUUUUUCAUUUCAUUAGCUAUUUUGUUCAGAACAACCUGGUGAAGAAAAAUGCUGGAUGCUUUUAAAUGAUGUGGAGAUAUGAUCAAGUAAUAAUUUAAAUGAGAAAACAGAAGAGAACCGUUGUAAUGUUCAAAUGUAAAAGAAAAAAAGAAAUACAAAACUUUAAAAAAAGAAAAAGAUGCUUCUUCACUGAUUUCAAUUUUGAAUCAGGGGGUUUUAUUGAUAUUUUUGUGGUUACUAAUUGUAAUAUUAUAUUAUUAAAAUGUACUGUUCAUCCA